AGGGGGCAGUGGGGAACGGGAGCCAGGGCGGGGAGGGCGGCAGGCGGGCCUGUCUCUUUAAGGUGUCCGAGGCUCGCGGGUGCAGCGCGGAGGGACUGCGCGGAGGCGCGGCCUGCCUCCCUCGCACAGCCCCGAGGCACGCUACGGGUUCGGCCGACCCGCCGGGGAACCAGGGCCAGGCGGCCUCGCGGUGCCGCGGCUCACGCUUCCUGGGAGUUACUGAUUGUCUUUGAAGAAACAUGAAGUCACAUUUUGUUGUUAUGCUUCCUCUAGCCAUCCUGGUGUUCCUGACAUGGGUCCCUGUAUCACUGAGUUGUAACAAAGCACUCUGUGCUAGUGAUGUGAGCAAAUGCCUCAUUCAGGAGCUCUGCCAGUGCCGUCCUGGUGAAGGAAAUUGUUCCUGUUGCAAGGAGUGUAUGCUGUGUCUUGGGACCCUUUGGGAUGAGUGCUGUGAUUGUGUUGGUAUGUGUAAUCCUCGAAAUUAUAGUGACACGCCUCCAACUUCAAAGAGCACAGUGGAGGAGCUUCAUGAGCCAAUCCCUUCUCUCUUCCGGGCACUCACAGAAGGAGACACACAGUUGAACUGGAACAUCGUUUCCUUCCCUGUUGCAGAAGAACUUUCACAUCAUGAGAAUCUGGUUUCAUUUUUAGAGACUGUGAACCAGCCACACCACCAAAAUGUGUCUGUUCCCAGCAAUAACGUUCACGCACCUUAUUCCAGUGACAAAGAACACAUGUGUACUGUGGUUUAUUUUGAUGACUGCAUGUCCAUACAUCAGUGUAAAAUAUCCUGUGAGUCCAUGGGGGCAUCCAAAUACCGCUGGUUCCAUAACGCCUGCUGCGAGUGUAUUGGUCCAGAAUGUAUCGACUAUGGUAGUAAAACUGUCAAAUGCAUGAACUGCAUGUUUUAAAGAAGGAAAGGAAAUGCAAACCAAAGCAAUUCAGUCACUAAGAAAGGUAUGAGAAACUAUUCCCUGAGGUCUACUGGUUGCAUCAUAACGCUAGCAGGUGAAGAAGAUGUAAAGAAUUUGAAGUUACUUCUGAAAUAUGACAAAUCCAGCAAUGUGUUAAAUUAUGAUUGUAACUGCUCUUACUGAUUUUACCAUCUGCUAGCAAUAAGCCCUUUCUUCUAAAUACAUGUGCACCUUUGGUUGUAUUAGAAACACGUGCAUAGAGAAUACCUUGAAAGACCUGCGUUUUCUAACAUAAAGCCUGAUAACAUUUUCUUCUAGCAUUCCAAAAGACUUUUAUUUUGGAAAUGUUAGAGUAUGUUAACAUAAGUCAGGAUUUCUUCAUGUGCUUCUCCUAGGACACUGAGUUUUGAUAGUUGUAUGCCAUUCUUCACUGUGCCUUGUAUUGUUUAUUUGUCCUAUAGAGUAGAUGUCCAAAUAUAUCUCCCUGAAGACUCAUUAAAAUCACCAAAAAAAGCUUAAUUUCAACCCUUUUUAUGUGGUUUUGGAAAGUAAAUGCUUACUAUAUUUUACAAUUUAAAAUUUUUUACCUAGUAGAAUCCAUCCUAUGAUACACAUACUGACAAAGUUUAGGGAAAGUUUCUCCUUCUCUUCCAUCCCCUUGCCCAAAGUGCUGAUGUAGGUAGUGAUGAAGAAUCUUUAUCAAGAAUUUUGGAGCGCAUCUGUGAGACUCUGUUAAAUAUACUGCUAGCAUAAACAGUUAGGAAGUUAAAGCAUUUCUCUGACUUAAGGUACCAGCUUAAAGAGCCCUAGGAUUGGGAAACAACUGCCAAGUCAGACUCCAUGUAGAGCAGCAGGGAAACAACUCGUCCCUUGUACAGAAAUGGCAAAGCUGAAAGUGGAGGCCGUGCUCGCUGGACAGUGAAAAGUAAGCCCACUCAGCCUCAGCGCACAGAGCCACCUUCCCCCACAGAUGAAUGACAGGAAGGGCUAAAGAAGAGAAUUUACCAUAUGAACUGGGAAGGUUGAAAAUUCUGGGGAUUCUAAUAGGAAACAAACUUAAAACUAUUUACAUUAAUUAUUUGUUACUUUGUAAUCUUGCCUUUAAAUUUACAUCUGGACCAAAUGUUUUUAAACAAGCGUACUCAUACAAUAGGUUAAGAUUAUGAAACCAAAACAGAUCUCUGUUCAAGAUGAUGUUAACUUCAAAUACACUACAGAAUAUUUUGUCAGCUUUUUAUAUAAUGUUUCUAUAAAGAUAAGUUUAAAUACUAUGUGCCUUUCAUAGUAAUAAAAUCACAAUCUUCAAGCAUGCCUCUAAAAUAUAAAGGUUUAUAUUACAGAGACUCUACAAAAUUAAUUGAUUUCUCAAAUAGGACAUAUUUGAUUUCAUGUAACAUUUUAGGAGUACCUCUUUAUAUGUCUAAAUAUUUUAGUACAUAAAAAUAGAUAAUGCUCUUAGACUUUAUAUUUGUAUUCACUUUCAGAACAGUAGUUAGUUAUAAGAUCAUAUGUAAUAUUGUGAUUAACUAUCAUAAAAUUUGAAGACUUGAUACCUUUCCUGCUCUUUAAUCAGUUAACGAUAAUGAAUACUCAAGGUACUUUAGCUUUUUAAAAAGUUGCAACUUAGCUCAUGGAUAUAUUUUUUUAAUAGGAAAACAUUGGGAUGUCCUUUUCUUACUUUUACGUAGAAUGCCUCUGUUUAAAAGUGCCUUGAAAACAUUUUAGCUCCCCUUCUUCAUUAACUCUCAUAAAGUUGAAGGUUUUCUUGAACUUCAGAAAGUUUUAAAGGAAUCUGUAGCCAGCUGCUUCAUUUCAACUUGGCAGUUUUUCAAAGUAAUUUCAUAUUUACGUAUGAAUAGAGGAACGCUUCUGUGUCUAUUGACCACAUGCUUAAUGUUUCCUUAAAUACACCAACAAAUUCCACUUAUCAUCUUUUUUAGGCCUUCGUUAUUAAAUUUUAAAAUGUACUAUCUCUUUUGCCCCCUACAUGGGGAGGAUAAUUUCUUCAACCAUAUUAUGUUUUAACUGAUUUUUUUUAUUUCUGCAUUCCCAAUACAAAUUAUCCCAAAAUGUAAUGGUCUUUUAUAUUCAAAUUUUGCUUGAUUUUCUGGUUUAUAAAGGUGUUUAAAGAGCUCACCUGAAAUAUUCCAUUUCAGGUUUAAAUAACAGUAUUUUUCCAGAUUAAAAGUGUAACAUUUGGGAAGCAAGUAGCCCCACUAAAAUUUAGACGUCUGGUACCACUCUAAACUCAAUUCACUUCUAUAUAAUGCCUCUGAUAAAAUAAAAUUUUUUAAAAAUUUGUUUUUAAAUAAAAAAUUAGGUUCUUACCUUUUUUAUAACUAGAUUUUAAAAAACAGUAAAUUUUAAAUCAGUAGGUAUUAUAAAACUCAUAAAAGUUUCUUUCCUAUAAAAGACAUGUCCUUGCUAGCAAGUUUUUCUGCCCCCCACCCAUAACAUCUUUGUUAUUACUGAAACUAUAGUAGUACCAACCCAAAUGGUAAUUCAAAUAAAAUAAGUCUUUGUUUACAUAGAAUGCUAUAAAGGAAAAGGCUUCAUUUAGAAAUAUGAUUUCUAAGGUUUCAGAAAACAAAAGUGAUGAAAUGUUAGAAUAUUUGAACAAUUAUUUACAAAUCACAGUAGCAUUAAAAUGGAGAAAAGAAACAAAAACUUCUGAAAAAUGAGGUAAAUAUAUAAAUAAGCCACAUAUAAAGGUUGUUUUUAUGAAAGCCUCUUUGAAGAUUUUUUUAAUCUAUUCUGCAUUCCCAUGAGUCUAUGUUUAUUGUAUUUUACAUGAUCUACAAUAUAUAAAAUUAUGUUUUUUUCCUUUGGUUGCCCCUAUAAACAAACAA